AUGGAAAAACAGUACAUAGGCUCAUAUAUAAAAACUCGUUGGUUAUUAGGUUUAACAGCUACACAAAUUCAUGAUGAAUUAACUACUGCUUAUGGACAGGAUGUAGUUUCAUAUUGUACAGUUACUCGAUGGAUUCAACGAUUUUCAAAUGAACGGGAAUCUUUGGAAGAUAAUCCUCGAAGUGGUCGUCCAUUAUCCGCCAUCAUUCAACAAAAUAUUGAUGCAGUUAAAGAUAAAAGACCAUCAUCAACAGCAAAUCAUGUUAAGCUGCAUCAUGAUAAUGCACGACCCCAUGUGAAUGAUAUUGUUCUUAAUUGUCUUCAAGAAGAAAAAAUCAAAGUUAUGGCUCAUCCACCAUACUCAUCUGACCUUGCUUCUUCAGAUUUUUGGUUGUUCAGUUAUCUGAAACGUAGCCUUGAUACUUAUCCAGAUGCUACAAGUUUAGCUAAAGCGUUAUCCAAGGAGCUCAAUUCAAUACCUAUUCACCAAUACCAAAAGACAUUUCAGAAAUGGAUUCAAAAGAUGAAACUUUGUAUUGAACAUCAUGGGGACUACUUCGAACAUUUACUGUAA